CUUUCAGUUUGAGAGUUGGCAACACUGCCACACUGUCAAAUUCCAGUAAUUAUUUUCCUCUGCCGCUGUUGUUCAAUUGUGAAAUCGUUCGCCCGCUUCUGAGUAAAAACAGCAUACAUUUGCCCGAUCUGAGAGCAGGCGGAGAUCCGUUAAGAUAUAUACGUUCUUACCGCUAACUGACCAGUGCAAAAACGUGUCCGGAAAAACCAAAGGCCUGCGUCAGCGAGUGUGAGCGAGAGAGCAGGUGACAGCGACACCGACAAGAUUCCCCUGUCCCCUCUACGCCAACGAUCCCCUUUUUGACUGUUUUUUUGCACGGUACGGGGAAAACCGAUAGCAAAACGAGAUUUUCAAUAGAUUUGCAACACAGUCCGGCCGGAAAAUGCUAAUAAACCUUAAGGUAAAAACCUUAGAUGCGCGCACCCACGAAUUCAGCAUCGACAAUGAGCUCACAAUCCGCCAGUUCAAGGACCAGAUCGCCGAAAAGACCAACAUAGCGGCUGAAAACCAGCGUAUUAUCUACCAGGGCCGAGUUCUGGCUGAUGAGAAGCAGGUGAAAGAGUACGAUGUCGAUGGCAAGGUGCUUCAUGUGGCCGAACGACCGCCCUUUUCGCAACGUGGAGCUAACUCUCGUAACAAUGAUGAACCCAUGCGCACAUUCCGGAAUGUUACUCGACCUUCGCCGCCCGGAAUGCGCACAUCUCCGUACUUCCGCGCCCUCGACGGGAUGCUUGUGGGCACCAUGGCCAUACCCGUAAACAAUGGUCCAGUGGCCGGAACUCGUCCUACCCCAAAUCGCUAUCCAAACUCUUCGUCCUUUUGCAUCAACCGUAUCACCGUAGCCCUUCAUAUGAUCGAUUGCGUCCACAAUAUAGCCGCCUAUCUGGAAAACCCCGCCGUGGGUCUGCACAAUGAAUCCUUGGACAUUUUGCAGCGUGGUCGCUGGUCUAUGGAAUCUACCGUCGUCGAAGUGGGUGUAUCGUCGUCGGACCUGCCGGGCAACAAUAAUAUCAUCGACAUGGUCCAAGAUGCCGUGUCCGCAGCGCUUUCGCGAACUGGAGCCCGUAACUAUACGGUAGUGCAGCUGCCCACUGUUUAUACCAAUGAAAAUGGAGAGACUACUCAGCAAACUGGAGAAGCUGGAACCAGCGAAGAAGCAGCUACUGGAACUGCUAUUGAUGCUAAUGGUGAAACUACAGCGGCCACUGUGAUCAUUGAGGAUGUGAUCGAAACAGAUGACGAGGCUGCAGAUGGUGCUUCAGAUCGUUCGGCCACGCCUACACCUGAGGUGGAGGCGGAAGGAGCAGUUGGUGGUCAGUCGGUUACAGCUGCAGAGACUCCCAGCUCCUCCAAUGGAGCUUCAAAUGAUGCGGCAGCAGAGGGAGCAAAUAAUUCAGGACCUAGGCGACGCACUCGGCCGCAGGUUUUGGCCCAAGUUAUACAGCACUACCGUACCGUACAGACACGUCUGGCGCCGUUUGUGGAUCGUUACUACGAUAUUCUACAAAACGAUCCCACUUUCGAAGAGAGCGACACAACUGGUCGCGAAGAUGCUCAACGCAUCUUUGACCGCGUCUCUGAGGCUUUCCAUUACCUCUCGCAUGCUCAGCAUGCAAUUUCGGAUUUGAUGUUGGACUUGUCGCAACCUGGACCACGUGUGCUUACCUGCCGACCCAUUUUGGUUGAGCAGAGCGGUUACAUACGAUCCAAUAACAUUUUCACACCCAACUUUUUGGCUCCGCCACCGGGUCUACUCAACGACCCUUUCCGUGGCAGAGCCCCCGGUGCUGGCACUCAAACACCAACAACUGCUGGCACUCCAACUGCUGUAACCCCACCACAGGCCACAAAUUUGCAGGCUGCUAACGAUGCCAGCCGAAGUGCGGCGGCAAUGGCGGAGAUCGCCAGCCGUGCAGCUGGAGCCGCUGCAGAAAUGGCCGCUGGAGCUGCUAGCGCUGCAGCCGCAGUUGCUCGUGGCUUGUCAAGCGACCAUGUAGAGGAUCCCGUCGACGAUCCCAUGGUGGCACCCAAUCCUGUUGCCGCAGCACCACAACCACAACAGGAACAACGACUCGAAAUGGAUCACGAUCACAAUCAAGAUCAAAGUGAAACCCCCGAAAGAGAUAUCCGACCAGUACCUAGGCUGCGUGUCUAUGUGCCAGUGACCCUGCCACCGCCCAACCCCCAACUGGAGAUGGCUCGAUUUAUUCAGGCAAUGGUAAACGGUCAACGACCCAACGAUGUUCAUGUUGAAUUCAAUGCGCCCAACGUCAUGUCUAUUAACUUGCCUGUGCAUGUGAUGGCCGCAGUUCGUCAGGCACCAGCACCCGGGGCUACAGAAGCAGCGGAACCUUCUGCUCCAACUGCUGAAUCAUCACCUGAAAGUGCUCCUACAGCUGCAAAUGAACGAUCUCCAAAUGCAGCUUCAACUUCGAACGGAACUCGCGGUGGAGAUCAGAGGGCCAACACCUUGCCCACCACGGCCACACAAACGCGUUCCACAUCAAGACCACAAAUUCAGAUUGGAGGAAAUAACAACUGGGGCGGACGCAUUGCUCCAACGCACACGGCAUUCGACCGCUUCCUGCCUUGCAAUAGCCAUCACAUUCGGGAACCAGAGCCGUUGCCUCAAAACAUCAACAGUGCAAGUACCAACCGCGGCACCACCACACCAUCAACAGUAGGAACCAUCGGCGGUCCGUCAACAGCAGCCGGAGCAGCUCGUUCUGUCACCACUGGUCGCAACCAGCGCGGCAGUGUCUCCGUCCGCCCAAUGUGGGCGUUGCGUCGCCAGCGACCAUCCAGCGAACAAUUGAGCAGCCUCCGGCCGGCAGCAUGGGCACAGGCGCAAACCCAAACUUCCCAUGCUCAAGCUGCCCACGUUGGUGGUGGCAGCACCAAUGGGGCCGGAAUCGGUGCCGGAAGAGUGCGGCCCACGGGAGGAUCGCCGAUCAGUCGCGAUCGGCUGGCGGCUCGAACGGCCCUCGUUGGUGGUGGCAGCACCAAUGGAGGCCUGAUCUCCGGCCGGCGGAGUAGACUUCAGACCGCCACCGCGCGCCUGUCCAGACAAUUUCCCACCCUAUUCGCUAAUUUUUUGCUUAAUAAUCUGAGAAAUAAUGCGCAAACAGCUUCGGCAGGAAGCGCCGUCGCCGCCGUUGGAGGCUCGACCAACCCAUCAUCAGGUGAAGCUGCCACUAUUGUGUCUACCCCUUCAGCUGCACCACCGCAAGCUGUUCUAUCUACAUCCACACCAACUCCAAGCGAAGAUACGAACAAUCUCCGAUCGCAGCUUCUUAGCUUCUUAAACGACAGUCUUUUCGCCGGAGCCCCCAUCAAUGAGCAGACGAUCCCUGGGGCCAUAGAUCGGGCAUUGGAAUGGUUCGGAGAAAUCCUUGUCUACCUGCCGCAGUAUGAACCUUCGGGAAAUAGAUUUAACUCCCGCGAAUCGAUGUGCAACGUUCUGCGCAACGGUCUGGGUUAUAUCUUCGAGCUGUUUAGUGAGACUGAUAGUCAGAUAGGCGAAAGAAUAGACGAUGCCCAGUUCGAGCGUAGACUUAAAGAGAGGUUCGAGAUUUUCCGCAGGCGAGUUUCCAGCGUUUUAGUAUUGUGUCUUGGAGGUACCAAUUCGGAUCGCUACUGGCCGCGGCUAAUGAGCCUACUGAGGGCACCCAUCAGAUCCAAUUUCCGUAACGAAGCCUUGCAAUUCCUGUGCAUCUACAUAGACCCAAUAUUUCCCGACAUCAACACUGGCGAUGCUCUACAGUUCCUGGUCCCGCGCGACGUUCAAGCAGCUCCUCCCACAGCUAUCGAUACGAACAAUCUCCGAUCGCAGCUUCGUAGCUUCUUAAACGACAGACUUUUUGCCGGAGCGCAAACAGCUUCGGCAGGGAGCGCCGUCGCCGCCGUUGGAGGCUUGACCAACCCAUCAUCAGGCGAAGCUGCCACUAUUUCAUCUACCACUUCAGCUGCACCACCGCAAGAUGUUUUAUCUACAUCCACACCAACUCCAAGCGAAGAUACGAACAAUCUCCGAUCGCAGCUUCAAGCAGCUCCUCCCAUAGCUGUCGAUGAACCAUUCGUGGCCCCACCGCCUCUUGCCUUUAAUCCACAGGUGCAGCUGCCGGAACAGCAAGCUCUAGACACAGAUGUGGAAAUGGCUGAAGUGGCCACCAGUAGCAGCAACAGCACACCCGCACCUCAACUGCCCGCUGUGAUUGUGGGAUCGGAGCCGUGGCACAUGAGUUUCCCCAAUGAUUGGUUGCCUGUGAUAACGCGCGACCUGCAGACCCAGUUUGAGGAGAGUAACCGCCCCCAGCCGCCCUUCUCCGAUGCCUACAUCUCGGGCAUGUCCGCCAAAAGGCGCAAAAUUAUUCAGUCAGAGAAACCAACGGCCUCUAUCGAGUGCCUCAUCGCCAACGGAGUGGAAAGAGCCAUCCAGAGCGCCGGUUUGGGAGGAACCAGUGGUAGUGCCUCAAAUUCCUCGAUCAGUGUUGAUGCCGUUAUCGGAUCCAUUACUCACGAUUCUGCCAUCCAAGCUUCUUAUACGGAUGCUGUGCGGAAUAGUGUUAAAGAGCGUAUCAAGCAGGAUGUGGAUUUUAAGUCCAGCAAGUAUCCGCAGAUCGCCAAGUUUGCCGAGCAAAAGUAGGCAUUGGUUGCAACCAUAAAAACCUGGCCACCUUGUGCUUGUUGUACAUUUUACUUUAAAAAAUUAUAUUUAAUUUAGUUAAUGGCUAAGUUCUGUUUAAAUCAAGAAGACGACGAAUAUUGCGACAACACCAACACACGGAGAGGACCUUUAGCAAAAGCUUCAACCUAUAUAGAAUAAUAAUAUCCAACUGAUAUGUAUCCACACACUAAGGGACACGACACAGAGCUCAAGCAACAAUACUUUUGGGUCACCGAUAAAGGAGCAAAAUAAUAAACACACAUAUUAUCCAAAAAA